AUGAAAAUAACUGAUCGAUCAACAGGACAAUCAACCGGUCUACAUCAAACAAUAAAACCCACUUAUUCCAUCCAAUCAAACAACGAUUGCAAAAUGCAACGCAUUGGUUGGUUCGAUGCAUUUCGGGAAAAUGGUGAUCCAACUUGGUUUGGUGAUAAUCGAACACCAGUGAUAUUCGAUUUACAAAUUGUUAUCCUAACAUCGAUAUUUAUUACACCAUUACUAGCUUUUCUAAUUAUUCUUCCCGGUGUACGACAUUAUCGAAUCGCAUCAACGAUUGCAUUCAUUUUGAGCAUUACUGUUGGCGCAAUUGUCUUAAGUCCAUUAGAACUAAUGAGAUUUCUAAAUAUGAUAAACAUUUUGCGUCAUUCAUAUUCAUCUAUUGAAAUCUUGUUUUGA